UCCAUGUCCUGUCGACAAAAAAACUAAAGAAACUAAAAAAGAUUCAUUAUUCUCAUUCAAAGGGAAUGUAUUUGAUAACAAUAUUUCUAAGAAACGAAUAGAGCAAAAAAAAAUAGCAAAUAGAGAGAUAGAUAUAACAGUAAAUUACACAUAAUGGGCAAUCUGAGUCUUCAUGCUGGCAAAGAAAUAUAUGAAUGGUUCAAUUAAUAAUUCCAGCUGAAGUGUUGGUAGUUAUUAUUCUCUGGUUGAAUAAACUUAUUGAUCUGUUUCAGUCUUCAGCAUUCUGAUGAUGAAAUAAAGUAUAAAAACCUAAAAAGUGAAGAAAUGGACAUAAUGGAAAUUAUCAAGAGGAAAACAUUCAAAACUGAAUAUGAUGUUAACAACACAUGUUCUAGUACCAUUUCUAAUCAAGCUGAGAUAAAGUCAACUUCUUCCACUUCUGAAACGUUAGACACUUGUGAUGAAAUUAACAAUUUCUAUUCUUCAAAACAAAUCAUUGCAACAGAUAUAGAAAAGUAUGAUUUGAAAGACGAAAUUAAAGCAGAAAAAUACGAGGUCCAUUUUGAUUCACAAAUAGAAAAAAAUCAUGUAGAUGUUGAUAACAUAAACAAGAAACAAUAUAAGUGCCACUUAUGUGAGUUCGUUUCAGUUCGUAAAGAUUCUCUCAAAAAGCAUAUAAAUUCUGUUCAUUUGCAGUUAAGACCUCAUAAAUGUCAUCUUUGUGAUUAUAGUGCAAAUCAGAAAUAUAAUAUUCAAAAACAUAUAGCUUCUGUUCACUCUAAUGAGAAGUUAUUUAAGUGUCACAUAUGUGAUUUUGCUACAUAUGCAGGUCAUAAUCUGAAAAAUCAUAUAAAUUCUGUACACAUUAAAGAAAAGGCAUAUCAGUGUCACUUCUGUGAUUACGAAUCAAACCGAAAGAAGUAUGUUGAAAUGCAUGUAAACUCUGUUCAUUUACAAUUAAGAAAAUAUAAAUGUCAGCUAUGCGAUUAUGCAGCAGUAUGGAAACAUAACCUUAAAAGUCAUAUAGAUGCUGUUCAUUUUAAGGUGAAAUCUCAUAAGUGCCACUUAUGUGAGUAUGAAACAACUCAAAAAAAUAAUCUAAAGAACCAUAUAAAUUCAGUUCAUUUAAAUAAAAAACAACAUAAUUGCGACUUUUGUGAUUAUCGUUCAAAUUGGACAACAGAUAUUAAAAAGCAUGCAAAAUCCGUUCAUCUGAAUAUGCGCCAACAUAAGUGUCAAUUUUGCAAUUUUGCUACAAAUUUACAUUUUAAUUUGAAAAGGCAUAUAGAUUCCGUUCAUUCAAAAGUGGAAACAUAUAAGUGUGAGAUGUGUGAUUAUACUGCAAAUAGUGAAAAGUACCUAACUGAGCACAUGAAUUCCAUACACUUGAAGGAAAAAUUGGAUUAAUAACAUUGCUGCUACAAAUAAAGGCCAUGCUUUGCCUUUUAGUUGAUGGAAUAAUUGACAUAAUUUAUAUGAUUAUAAUAUUUAUAACUUCUAAGUGAUGUAAAUGUGUUUUAUAUUCGUCAUGCCCAUGAAUAAAACUGUUUCAUUUGAUGGA